CAACCCUAGUUGUUUCCCAUAAACCCUGCCUGCCUAAACCCAUUGCCGGGAAUUCUUGCUAGACUGGCCGUCGAACUCCAAGGCAAUGGAAAAUGAGCGACAACUACCUGAAACGGUUUCCUUCAACGAGAAAUCAGACAUAUGCCAACAGCUAUUGGACCGGUAUGGAAAGUCGUCGGCGGCUCAGCACCGACACUUAUGCGCCACUGCCGCCGCCGCCCGAUCCAUCAUCCAAUCGGAGUCUCUUCCUCUUACUCCUUUUUCAUACUUUGCCGCCACUGUGUCCACUCUCGCUGAUUCUUCCGAUUUAGAUUCCGACGCCUUAGCUGCGCUUUCCUCGCUUCUGUCCAUUAUUCUUCCUUUGGUCCCGGAAAAGGCUAUAACCCCUCUCAAAGCCACCGAAGCCCUUGAAAUGCUGGCAGUGGUGCUGGAGAAGCUCCCGCGGGAUGAUGCAGUGGUGGGGAGUUCAAGCGUUAGGGCAUUGGUCAAGUGCCUUGGAAUCUUGGUGGGGUUUUGUGAUCUGGAGGAUUGGGAAUCGGUUAAAUUAGGUCUGCGGACCCUUUUGAAGUUCUCAAUUGAUAGGCGUCCAAAGGUGAGGAAAUGCGCUCAUGAGUGUCUUUUAACAGUUAUGAAGUCAGUUCAGUCUUCUUUUGUGAUUGAAAAGGCUAGCAAAUCAAUACACUCUUUUAUAGAAGGCCACCUGUCUCUGGCAAUAGAAAUGACUUUUCCAGAGGCUGCUGAUGGAUUUAAGCAUGAUUCCCUUUCAAAACAUGAACAUCAAGAAGUGUAUCACACAUUAAACUUGAUUAAAACUCUUGCCCCAUACCUUUCUGUAAAAGUGUGUCAGAAAAUCUUGACACAUCUGUUGAAGCUGAUGAGCUCCCAUAACUCAGAUUUGACAAGACAUGUUUUUGAAAAUAUUGGAGUGAUUUUAGACGCUCCAAAAGUUAAAUUGGUAGCUCUAGAUUCAGAUAAUAUUUUGAAGUUCCUUGUUUCAUACAUGUCUUCCUCGGAGAACACUACCGACCGUAAACUGGUUGCUGCAACUUUGACAGAAAAAGUUAUGAAGAAGCUUCAUGAUUGUGCAGUAAAUGGAUGUUCUAGGCAUCUCCUUUUAGUUAUUGGCCCGAUAACAGAUUUUCUCACAUAUGAAGCCACAGCGCUGCCAGCUUCACUUAUCUUGAAACGGUUGAUCCAACUUCAUGUUGAUAAAGAAAUAAUACCGUCUACCAAAAAGCAGACGGUAGAUUGCAACAAUACCAACAAUCCUGAAUUUGCAGCUAUGGAAUCUAUUUGUGCUGUCUUUCACAAUAUUCUUAGGAGUUCUGAUGGAAUCCCUAAUGAAUAUAUUUUACAGAUCGUAUCUGUUUUGUUUCUUAAACUUGGCGAGAGAUCGUACCACUUCAUGAAACAUAUACUACUGCAACUCGCAGAUUGGAUGAAUAUUUCUUGUGGUGUCAAGGGUACUUCAGUCUCAAAACACCUUCAAGAAUGUAUUGGAUCUGCCACUAUUGCUCUGGGUCCAGAUAAAUUAAUUGCCCUUCUGCCAAUCUCCCUUGACGCCAAGGAUUAUUCUUGCACAAACACUUGGCUCAUACCUAUUCUACGCAAAUAUGCUGUUUAUUCAUCUCUGGAGUUCUUUAUGAAGCACAUUGUGCCGCUUGCAGAAUCUUUCCAACAAGCAUCCUUCAAAGUUAAAAAGUCAGUAAUUCGAAGAGAACUGCAGGCUUAUGCCCAUGACUGCUGGGGCUUGUUGCCUACCUUCUGUCACGGUCCAACAGAUAUUUGCCAGAAUUUCAGUGCUUUGUCUAAAAUUUUGAUUUCAUAUCUCAAGAAGGAUUCCUUUAUGCUCGAAAUAAUUGCUACAUCACUGAAGAACCUGGUGAAUCAUAGCAAGAAUCUAGUUGCAAAGUCUGAUAUCUUUGAAUCAAUUGGAGUCCUUGUUAAUGAUGAUUUUGCUAUGGAUCUAAAAAAGAAGAGCUCAUAUUCGAGAAAGACAGCACAAAAGAAUAUUAAGGCUAUUUCUUCUUGCUCUGAGGGAUUGCUUCAGGCUUUAACGAAUGUCUCAACAGAGUCAUAUCCUGAGACACAUGAAUAUCUGAAGGAGGCUAUUGAAUGCUUGGCAUCCAUCUCUGAUUCAGAAACUACUAAAAGAAUAGUUAUAUCUUUACUGGAGAAGUUUGGGUUAGCAAAUGGCUUCGAUGCAUAUGAAAAGCAUUUAGAUGAUUCUGAGUGUAACAAACCUAACAAGAGGGAAGAUUAUGCUACCUCUGUUCCAGAAGAUGCAAAGAGACUGAUGGUGCUAGAGCUCGCAUCAUGUAUCACUGGAGGAGUUAAUGAGGAUCUCAUUUGCACCUUUUUUAGCAUUACUAAACGAUGUUUGGAGGUGAAUGAUGAGAUUUUCCAGGCUGAGGCAUACAACAUCCUUAGUAGGAUGCUAGAGAGACAUCAUUGGUUCCGUUGUUCACAUUUUGCUCAAUCAUUGGAGCUACUGACUGCCUUUAAAACUCCAAGUGACACUAAAUCAAUUACCAGCCGAUUUUCCUGCUUCAAAACCUUGCUUAUUCAUGCAAUCAAGGAAAACUUGGAGGAGGAUAACCCACAAGCUUUUCUCAUUCUCAAUGAGAUUAUACUUGCAUUAAAAGAAUCUAACAACGAAGGAAGAAAAGCAGCCUACGAUGUACUUACUGGAAUAUGUUCCUACAUGCAAAACUCUUUGACUGAAAUGUCUCUGGAAUCUUAUAAAAAUUUCAUCACUAUGGUCAUGGGUUACCUUUCUGGUCCCCCUCAGAUAAAAAGUGGUGCAAUUUCUGCACUGUCUGUCUUGAUUUACAAUGAUUCAGAUAUCUGCCAAUUAGUGCCUGAUCUGGUUCCUUCAGUUCUUGCUCUGCUGAAAAGUAAAGGUCUUGAAGUAAUAAAGGCUGUCUUGGGCUUUGUGAAGGUAUUAGUAUCAUGCCUUCAGUCAAAUAACCUGAACCUUUUUCUUCCUGACAUUGUGAAUGGAGUUCUACCUUGGACCGCUACUUCCCGUCAUCAUUUUAGAUCAAAGGUCAGUGUUGUAAUGGAGAUCCUUGCAAGAAAAUGUGGUACUGACACUAUCAAGUCAAUUGCACCUGAGGAGUACACAGACUUUCUCCAGAGUUUAACUGAGAACCGUUAUAGAAAGAAGAGCGUUAAAGAAACUCCUGCCUCUACUUCUUUAAAGGGUGGGGGCUGCGGAGAUUCGGGUAUUGUGCAAAACAGCAAAAAGAGGAAAUGGCAAAGGAGGCAAAAUGAUGUCACUGGUAAGCAUCACAACGGAGAUGAAGGAGCUUCCAUUGGACCUAAAAGAAGGAAGCAGGCAGCUGCUGAUCUUUCUACCAGCCGCAAAUGGGCCUACACCCGUGGCAGUACUCCGAUGACACAAGCCGCAGAACGAAGAGGAAAAUCGAGUCCUGGCAAACCUGGAAAGAGAAAGAGUGAAGAUAAGAAUCCCAGUAAGCAAAAAGGUGGUGCUAAAAGAGCUGGGCACAAGAAAUUCCAGAAGAAACAUGGCAGUAAAAUGAAAUAAUCUUUUUCUGUUUUGAUGAUUAUAUUCAUUUGAUAAACUUGAAAAAGAAGAUACUCCAUACUAAAUCAUCCAAUUAUAGCUGGGAAUGAGUAGUGAUUUGGUGGUUCUAAGGUAUACAUGUAAUAUAACCUACUCGCGUAGUUUUAUUUGUCAUCUAAUAGUGAUGUGGACUUGCAUAACUUUUAUUCAGUGGGUUCGGAAUACAAAAGUUUAUGCAUU